AUGGGCAUCAAUAACCCCCUCCCCUCCAACUUGCAAUCGGAGUGCAAAAAGUGCGGCAAGAUUCUCGCCUCCUUCGUCAACCCGCGGCAGGCUUUUGGCCCCGAAAAGGUGAUUCCGCCCUCGAUCCUCGCCAACGCAAAGGGCCUGGCUAUCAUCACCGUGCUCAAGGCCGGCUUCCUCGGCUCCGGCCGCUUCGGAAGUGGCCUCGUCGUCGCGCGCCUACCCGACGGCUCCUGGAGCGCGCCCAGCGCCAUUGCCACGGCUGGCGCCGGAUUUGGCGGCCAAAUCGGGUUUGAGCUGACCGACUUCGUCUUCAUCCUCAAUGAUGCCAGCGCCGUCAAGACUUUUGCGCAGGCCGGCUCCCUUACGCUCGGCGGCAACGUGUCCCUGGCCGCCGGCCCCGUCGGCCGCAACGCCGAAGCCGCCGGUGCCGCCUCCCUCAAGAGUGUCGCCGGCAUCUUUAGCUACUCCAAGACAAAGGGCCUCUUUGCUGGUGUCUCCCUCGAGGGAUCUGCUAUCAUCGAGCGCCGCGACGCCAACGAGAAGCUCUACGGUACCCGGUACACUGCCCAGCAGCUCCUCACCGGCGCCGUCUCGCCCCCGCCGCAGGCCGGCCCGCUCAUGAACGUCCUCAACUCGCGCAUCUUUAGUGGCAUGCGCGGCGGCGCCAGCAUGAGCGAUGAGUCCAUGUACAAUGAUGUGCCCACCUACAGCGACAGCCGCGACGACUUUGGCGCCGGCGGCAACGGGCCGGCGGGCCCCCGACGGACGAGCACCUGGCAAGACGACGUCUACGACCGACCCUCGGGCUACAACGCCCCGGCGAGAGCAGGCACCUUUUCCUCGAACCACGCUACCGAGAACCACCACAACAGCAACAACAAUGGCUACUACGACAACCCGCCCUCGGACCGCAAGCAGGGCCCCGGCCGCCCCUCGGCCCCGAAACCCACAUUCAACACAGCCGCCUCGCUAAACAAAAACGAGGCUAUUGCGCUCUAUAACUUUGACGCCGAUCAGCCCGGCGACUUGGGCUUCAAAAAGGGCGACGUUAUCACGGUACUGAAGAAGACGGACAGCGACAAUGACUGGUGGACCGGCAUGGUUGGUACAAAGCACGGUAUAUUCCCCAGCAAUUACGUAAAGAUGAGGGCGUAG